GCCAUGGUGGCUGAAGCGUCCUCCUCGUCCCUCGCCGCCCUCGAGGCCGCGCUGCUCAAUAGCCCGGGCAAUGUGCCAUUGCACAAUCGCUUUAGAGCGCUGUUUACGCUCAAGGCGCUCAAAAACGACGAGGCCGUCGAUAUCAUCUCAAAAGGUUUCGCGGAUGAGAGUGCGUUACUCAAGCACGAGCUUGCGUACUGCCUCGGACAAAUGAAGAACAAGAGGGCCAUUCCGAUACUGGAGACCGUGCUCGCAGAGGAGAAGGAGGAUCCGAUGGUCCGCCAUGAGGCGGCUGAAGCAUUGGGUGCAAUCUCCUCCCCAUCAUCGAUAAGUAUCCUCAAGAAAUACCUGAACGACCCCGAGCGCUGCGUGCGCGAGACCUGCGAGAUCGCGCUCGCCAAGAUUGAGUGGGACAACUCAGAAGAGGGCAAGAAGUCUCUACAGUGGGCUACGGAUGCUGCGGAGCAAACCUACACCUCCAUCGACCCCGCACCUCCAAGCUCCGGACUCUUCGCAGGGCAGGGCGCAGCCAACGACGCCUCACCCGAGAACGUCGCGAAGCUCAGAGCCACCCUCCUCGACACCUCCCUCUCCCUCUUCGAGCGGUACCGCGCGAUGUUCGCACUCCGGAAUAUCGGCACACCCGCCGCAGUAGAUGCACUCGCCGCCGGCUUCGCCGACGACAGCGCGCUCUUCAAGCACGAGAUCGCGUUCGUGUUCGGCCAGCUGCUCUCCACACACUCCGUCCCUGCACUCCUCGCAGUGCUUCAAGACUCGCGGGAGUCUGAAAUGGUGCGGCACGAGGCUGCGGAGGCCCUUGGGGGCAUCGCUACCCCCGAGGUGCUGCCGUAUUUGAAGGAGUACAUGGCGAAGCCGGACGCGCCGCGCGUUGUUCGGGAGAGCUGUCAGGUCGCGAUGGAUAUGUGGGAGUACGAGAACUCGGAUCAGUUCCAGUAUGCCAAUGGAUUGGGCGAGAACGCGGGCACCGAGCAGCCGGUUGGUGCUUGAUGAACCUUGAGAGCAGAAGUACGUCUAUGUGUAAUCUUAUGUCUCAAAGGGGCUGUACUGUAGUGUUAAUAAG